UACUACGAAGUAGAGGAGAGGGAGGGAGCAUAUGACAGGUUUACAGAUAAGGAAAAAGGAGAAAAGAUUCUUGGCAACGCAGUGCAGUCCCCUUUCUCUCUCUCUAUUUAUGCAUACACACACUACAGUCAUAGUCACAUUCACCCAAACGGUAAAAUGGCAACCUCUCUCAUCUCUCUCUCCACCCUCCUUAUCCUGUGCACCCUCGCGAAAGCCACGCCCCCGGCGCUCACUUUAACACUCGUCAACAACUGCCCCUACACCAUUUGGCCUGCCAUCCAGCCCAACGCCGGCCACCCCGCCCUCGAGCGCGGCGGCUUCGCCCUCUCCACCCUCACCCACCGCUCCUUCCCGGCCCCCGCCGCCCACUGGUCAGGCCGCAUCUGGGCCCGCACCGGCUGCACCCACACCAACGGCCACUUCUCCUGCGCCACCGGCGACUGCGGCGGCCGCCUCGAGUGUAACGGCCUCGGCGGCGCCGCCCCCGCCACCCUCGCCCAGUUCACCCUCCACCACGGCCACGCCGACUUCUCCACCUACGGCGUCAGCCUGGUGGACGGCUUCAACGUGCCCAUGACGGUGACGCCGCACGAGGGCAAGGGGCAGUGCCCCGUCGUGGGGUGCCGCGCCGACCUGCUGAGCACGUGCCCGCACGCGCUGCAGGUGAAGGGGGGCCCGCACGGGGCCGUGGUCGGCUGCAAGAGCGGCUGCGCGGCUUUCGGGACCGACGAGCUCUGCUGCCGGAACCACUUCAACAGCCCGCAGACCUGCCGGGCCUCCAGCUACUCGGAGUUCUUCAAGCACGCCUGCCCCGCCACCUUCACCUACGCGCACGAUAGCCCCUCCCUCAUGCACGAGUGCUCCUCCCCCAAAGAGCUCAAAGUUAUCUUCUGUCACUGAGAUUUCUUCUCUACUUUCUCCUCUCGCUUUUCAGAUCUUUGUUUACAUUUUGUGUGUGUAGGACAGAGAGGGAGAAAUGUAUGGAACUUUUGUUUUAGAAAUAAAAUUAAGGAAAUUAUGUUUGGCGUCAAAACAAA